AUGCCUCCCGCGCAGCGCGGUGGCCGCCUCCGCGCCCUGGCCUUCCUCUGGCUGUGGGCGCUGGUGGAAGCAAAGACCAGAACUUACUACCUCGGGAUUGUGGAAGAGAACUGGGACUAUGCACCAUCUGGGAAAAAUCUGAUCACAGGGCAAAGCCUCUUAGAGGACAAGUUUGCAAGCGUGUAUGCAACAAGAGGAGCCAACCGGAUAGGACGUGUGUACAAAAAAGCUAUUUUUAGGCAAUUCACAGAUGACACUUACUCCCAGGAGAUCCCCAAAGCAGCAUGGCUGGGCUUCCUUGGCCCAGUCCUGAAGGCAGAAGAAGAGGAUGUCUUUAUCAUCCAUCUGAAAAACUUUGCUUCCCGCCCAUACUCUGUGCACCCACAUGGGGUCUUCUAUGACAAGGACUCUGAAGGAGCACUUUACCCUGAUGGAACUGGCGGUAAAAGCAAAGAGGACGACUUUGUUGUUCCCGGUGGAAAUUACACAUACACAUGGCCAGUAAGGAAAGAUUAUUCCCCAACUUUGGCAGACUCAAACUGCUUGACUUGGAUUUACCAUUCUCACAUUGACACACCAAGAGAUAUUGCAUCUGGUUUAAUUGGGCCUCUGCUGGUGUGUAAAAAAGGAACUGCUGAUGAGACCACAAUAGAAGGGACUGGUGCUGCUAAUGCUUUUGCCCUGAUGUUUAGCAUUGUAGAUGAAAACUUCAGCUGGUACCUCGAUGAGAAUAUAAACACCUUCUGCUUAGAACCAGACACAGUUGACAAAGAGGAUGAAGGUUUCCAGACCAGCAACCGAAUGCAUGCUAUUAACGGUUACAUAUAUGGCAAUCUCCCCGGCUUGGAGAUGUGUGCUGACACUUCCAUGUCCUGGCACUUGUUUGGCAUGGGAAGUGAGAUAGACAUCCACGCUGCUUAUUUCUACGGCCACACGUUCACCAGCAGAGACCAGAGAGCAGAUGUGGUCGGUCUCUUCCCAGCGACAUUCAUCACGGCGGAGAUGACUCCUGGCAGCCCCGGGAGGUGGCUGAUAACAUGCCAGGUCAAUGAGCACCUCCGAGGUGGCAUGGAGGCUCUAUAUGAUGUUCAGAUCUGCCAGAAAAACCUGUCUCAUUCUUCACCAAUCAGUCAUAAGAGAAGAUAUUACAUUGCUGCUGAAGAAGUGCUCUGGAAUUAUGGACCUGACGGUUAUGAUAAAUUCACUGGGCAGGGUUUGAACGCCACUGGCAGUGAAUCUGCAACAUAUUUCACACAAGGGACUGACAGAAUAGGAGGGCAAUACUGGAAAGUUCACUAUGUGGGAUAUACUGAUGCAACAUUCACUAAGAAGACCUGGUCAGAGGACAUGAAGCACCUGGGAAUACUUGGCCCCGUUAUAAAAGCUGAAGUGGGAGAUACAGUGCUGGUUACUUUUGCCAACAAAGCCAGAAGAAGCUAUAGCAUUAUGGCCCAUGGUGUAAGCUUCAGCAAGCUGUCAGAAGGUGCUCCCUACUUAGAUGGCUACCUGAAGCCAGGAGCCCACGUCAAGCCAGGUGAAACCUUCACCUACAAAUGGAGGGUGCCUGAAAAUGGAGGUCCAACAGAGAGUGACCCCCCGUGCCUGACCUACCUGUACUACUCAGCCACCGAUGCUGUCAAGGACACCAACUCUGGCCUCGUGGGACCUUUGCUGGUCUGUCGGAAGAACACCCUGAAUCAUGACGGGACACAGAAAGGAAUAGACAGGGAAUUUUACCUCCUCUUUUCAAUCUUUGAUGAGAAUGACAGCUGGUAUCUGAACAAGAAUAUUGAAGCAUUUACUGGAGACCCUUCAAAAGUGGAUGAAACUGAUGCUGAUUUCAUGGAAUCCAACAAAAUGCAUGCUGUCAAUGGCUACUUGUAUGGCAAUCUGCCAGGUCUGACCAUGUGCAAGAAUGACAAGGUCUCCUGGCACCUCAUUGGGCUGGGCAGUCACUAUGACAUGCACGGGAUUCAUUUCCAAGGAAACACCAUCGACUUGAGAGGGAUGACAAGGGAUGGGCUGGCCUUGUUUCCUCAUUUAUCAGGGACAGCACUAAUGCAGCCAGACCGUGUGGGCACAUUCAAAGUGGUUUGCAGGACUUUUGAUCACUUUGUUGGUGGGAUGAAACAUCUCUACGAGGUCAGCAGCUGCCACAACCCCACCCAAGCCCAGCAGCAGCGUGGAGCCAUGAGGCUCUACUACAUUGCUGCAGAGGAGGUUGAGUGGGACUAUGCCUCAAAUAAGAGCUCGGCACCAAAGGUUUACAACAUCAGCAGCUAUGAGGAAAGCUAUGGGCAUGUUUUUCUGAGCCAAGCAGAGGACCUGAUCGGUUCAAAAUACAAGAAGGUGGUUUACCGGGAGUACACAAGCAGCAACUUCACACAGCGCAAAGUGAGGACAGAAGAGGAGGAACACUUGGAAAUCCUGGGGGAAAUAAACACCUACAGGUGGAACAUCCCAGAACGAUCCGGUCCCGGCAAAACAGAUCCAAAUUGUAUCACUUGGGUUUAUUAUUCAACAGCAAAUUUUGUUAAGGACACAUACAGUGGUCUGAUUGGGCCUCUGGUAGUUUGCAGAAAAGGAACUUUAAAUGAAAGAGGUCUAAGGAAAGAUAUCGAUCGUGAAUUUACUCUUCUGUUUAUGGUGUUCGAUGAAAAUGAAUCCUGGUAUUUGAAAGAAAAUAUUGAAACAUACCUUCACAAGAAUCCUGAGGAUUUUAAUUCCACUGAGAACUUUGUAGAAGGCAACAGCAAGCACGCAAUCAAUGGGAAGAUUUACAACAGUCUCUUGGGUCUAACAAUGAAUGAAGGUGAUAGGACAAACUGGUAUUUGAUAGGAAUGGGCAAUGAAGUGGAUAUCCACACAGUUCACUUCCAUGCACAGACCUUCAUCUUCAAGACAGAUAAGGACCACAGAGGAGAUGUAUAUGACCUUUUCCCUGGGACUUUCCAGACAGUUGAACUCGUAGCAGAAAACCCUGGAACGUGGCUUCUGCACUGUCACGUGGCUGACCACAUCCAUGCUGGCAUGGAGACAACCUACACCAUCAAUAAAUCAGGUUGGGAAGUUCCUUCAGAAGGAGGACACACAGCUGGAACAUACAACACAACUCCUGCAACAAAUAAAACCACUGCAAAGGAUUAUGACAACAAAGUGGGCAAUUUUUUCGGCAAAACUUUGAGUCCUGGAGAAGCCAGCCUGAUACUCGCAGCUUUUUUUUGCAUUGGACUUGUUCUACUGUCAACAGCAUUAAUCUUCUUCUGCUUCAUCACCCACCAAGGAAAUAGAAUCCAUUACACAGCUCUGGAUGAUAAAAGUGCAUUUCUGGCAGAUUCCCUGUAA